CGCACAUGUCCGAUGCUACAGUGGGAAUUCCGCUACAGAGGAAAAAAACCUCGGCUAAGCGACAACCCUUGCUAAUUGCCUAGUUACGCUUGCAGAUAUUCUCUGGAGCAAUAAAAGUUGUUCUUGAAGUUCAAGCUGCAGUAAAGAUGGCCACGAGGCGGCUCCAGCCCUACGCCCAAGUCAUCGAUGGUGAAAAAAGGUGCCCUAUUGCACCCCCGGAGUGCAUGAGAAAUGGCCUAAAGUUCAUAGCACAGAAAGGGGACCUAUUGCAAGCGUCGUAUCUGAGAAGUGGAGCUAACUGGGUCCAGUACAUUGUUCAGCUGAUUCUCCGUGGAGGCGAGCCGCUAAACAACUACGAUGAGUUCCUACAAUGUGCCCACAUCGUAGAAUAUUACCCGCGUAUCGCGGAACUAAAGACCAGCGCACCACUGCGAACUCUUUGCACACACCUUCCACUGGUCUCGGAAAAACUGAACCCGGAAGCGAAGUACGUCUACGUGGCUCGCAAACCUUGGGAUGUCUGCGUGUCGAUCUACCACUUUGUUACCUCUCUUAGCGUUUACCGCUUUCGAGACGGCACAUUCGACGAUCUCCUGGAGGCUUUCUUGACGGGGUGUCUUCCUUACGGCUGUUACUUCGAACACCUGGUGGCCGGUUAUGCACUCAAGGACGAGCCCAAUGUUCUGUUUGUCACGUAUGAAGAGCUGCAGAGAGACACACCGGAAGUGGUGCGCCGCCUCGCCGGCUUCAUGGGGGAGCAUUACUUGAAAGCUCUAGAGGAAGACGGAGCGGAAGGGCAAAAGCUGUUGGACGUUAUCAUCAAUCACAGCAGCGUGGAGAGCAUGAGAAAAAUACUGGUCUUUAACUUUAGCGGGCACUCUGAGCCAGAGGUGGACAAGCACUUCAGAAACAUAGACGUUACUUCAAAGGCGGAUCGCGCAGGAGAAACCAAAAGCCACAACUUUGUCAGAAAUGGUAAGGUGGGAGAGUGGAAGCAGUUCUUCUCUCCUGAACAACUCCAGCGUAUGGAAGCCGUCAUUAGAGAAAAGACGAUGGGUUCAAGCGUUAUGGACCUUUGGAGCGACAUACGAUUUGAGGCUUUGUGCAUGAGCCAAGGUUAAUGGUACGCUGGGUUAUUGUUGCACCUGCGAAAUAGGGAAACAAGUAAUUUUGAUCAUUUUGUGAAAAAUGGUACAUUUUUUCUUGGUUUAAAGGAACGGGGACAAUAAAGUGAAACACUGAAUUGGUUUAUAGACUGACAAA